ACAGGCAAGACACCAUGGGGGGAAGGUGUUCCCGGUUGCCCGACGAGCAAAUCAACACGCCACAGGUUCCGCGCUCGAGUCGUAUCAAAGAGGACUGUCCUAUUCACGGCAAGAACGGGUUCAUUGCCAGAUCCUCGAGUGGCGACAAUGUUGUGGACGAGGAAGACCGACAGUCAAGCCACGCACGAAAACAAGAUGUGCUGCAGAAAACCAGGCUCCCCUUGCGAAGGGCCUUCAGGUCUCGUACAACCAACAAGAUAAGCGGGAAGGCGGAGAUCAGCCUGCUCCGACCUGCCCACCUGUACGCUGCCGGGGAUGUGGCCGCAUUGCAAGUGGAAGUACAAGUCCCUAUCCACAAGUCUUUCGAGCCGGGAACGAAGGUUUUCAUGCCCGAUAACGGGUACUGGAAGGAAAGCUCUGUCUCUGUGCCCGAUGGCUUGUCCCCGGGGGACGUCGUCACGGUGGAAUUAUUGGCGGAACCGAAACGUUCCAAAAUGACGUUAAAGGACGUCAAAGCCGACAUCGAGCUCCGGGUGACGGGUCCCAGCGUGACUCCUGGCGGACCAGAGAUGAUCAUUUUGCGGCAAUACGUCGCCUUUGACGGUAUUGAUUUUGCGGGAGACUUGUUUCCCAUCCCGCUUUCCCCCUCCUUGGGAACCGCCCCUUUACUUCUGUACAUUCUGGGGGCGGAGCAGGCGGGCAAAACCACCUUUGUCGAGAGCCUGCGCAACGUUUUGGCUUCGGCAGAAACGGACAUGCCCCCCCCUCAGACCUCGAUAGUACCGACCACCGAGAUCACUCGCCUCGAGCUCAAUGCGGAAGCGAUCAGUCCUCGUUUCCGGGCGCCUCUGACGGCCCGUGUGACAGAGAUCCCAUCCUCCAUGGUCCUGGCUCCCACGGACGCAGACAAAGCUUCCAUGGAACGCCUCUUGCCUGCGGGGCAUGGGGCGCUGGUCUUCGUGGCGGCCGACGAGGUGGAGACGGCGCCUGCCAAGAUGGCUGGCCUUCAAGCUUCGAUUCAACAGCUCAAGGCGCAAAAUUUCAACCCCCUGGUGGUCCUGACCCGCAUGGACAAAGUAGAGCCCCUGGUUGCGGCGGAUCCCUUUAAUUGGUCCCUGAAAAAAGUCUCCCACGUGCGUCGGCGCGCGAGCCAAUGUCUGGGGGUCUCCUGGGCCAAUACUCUGGUCUUUGUCCCCUAUGCCGCCCCUCGCCCGGCCAUGCGGCCAGAGGUGGCAAAAGCGAGCAUGCGCACCGACGUGAUUAUCAAGGGGAAGAAAGCGUCCUCGAUCUUGGACAUGAGGGAGGAUACGGUCCGGGAGGAAGGGAUGGAGCGGUCCUUUGCCAUCGACAAAUUGGUGCUUUUCAUCGCCAAGGCGGGUUUGGAAGUGGCCCAAGAGAAAAUGGAAGGCAGGGUGAGAAGAAGCAGUAGCGCUGGGAGCGCAGGUUUGGGGACCUGGACGGGGGGACGGAUCACUGCGACGCCCAAGACGGACAUGUCCAUGACCAAGACGGCGCCCUCCGAUGCUAUGCUUGCGACGCGGCAACAGACGGUAGAAUUGGACGGCUCCUUCUCCUCCAACUUCCCGACACUGUCUGCCAGUACCCCUCAGCCAUAACUGUGGGGAAAAUAUUGCCUUUGUUGCGUAAAAAUUGUGUCCUGCGUAAGCUGGAACAUCGUAGUAUGCCAAACGAUAUUCGUAUUCGCAUGAACGGUAUACCGUGGGACUGGGGCACCAUCUUUGAAGAAUGGGGAUUCUGUUCACCUAAACUGUAGGAUCAUUGACAUGGGGAUGGGAUCAACUGAAAGCUCCAAGGUUUUGAUUGAGAGAGAUUAUGAAGUGAUGAAUGCCGACCACGCGGGAGCAACGUAGAGGCGGACCUCUGGGGAGGUUGUCAAAACAAAAAAUGAAGCGCUUCAUCGACAUC